ACACUGAUGCCCAAUCACAUGUUCUUCCUGCAGUCCUGGAGACUCACUCUCAAAGGGAAAUGAUUCCACAUGAAUUGCAUGGACCGCUCUCCCACAGCAGGUGUGACUUCCAUUGCUUAAAACUGAAAUCUGUGUCCAUCCGACCUUAGGCACAGAAUACAUCCCCUCACACCACCACUCUCCUCUCUAACCCAUCCCCAUCCUUGCUCCGAGCCAGUCAGUGGGACGGCACACUCUGUUAGCAAUACAAACAGAGACCAAGAGGGAGAGGAAAAGAGCCAAAAAAGACAGGGAAGAAACAUCCAGAAAGAGUGGUACAAGAUUCUCAGACACAAUGAAGUCAAACCAGGAGAGGAGCAAUGAAUGCCUGCCCCCAAAGAAGCGUGAAAUCCCAGCAAGCACUCUGCCCUCAGAGGUGAGGCCCAUGGUGAUGGCGCCUGCCAAUGAGAGCCAGCGUUCAGAGAACCUGGCCUGGCUUGCCAGUCUGGCAAGCGGACAUGACAGAGGGCGGCAGCACACCAGCACCUCCUCAGAGCCCGAUGGGCCUCAGUACAAACCAUUGUUAGCCACAGCUGAGAGCACACAUCCCUCCUCCACGCACUUAACCAGAUCUCCCACUGCAGUGACCACCAUACCUGCAGUGUACACGUCACCCCUCUCUCAGCAUGCUGGCACCAUCCAGUACACACCCCUGGCUCCUAAUCUUCACUUCAUCAGCUCUCCGUACCCUGCACCAUAUGCUGGCUACAUCUCACCUCUAGUUCCCCCUUUGGCUGCCACCAGUACCAUACAACGUGAGGCUUAUUCCAGCAUCUACAGUUGUCCUGCACCCAAAAUUGACCAGCACCACCAAUUGGACCGUCCUACAGGGCUGGUCACAACUGACAACACCUCUGUGCCCCACUCCACCCAAUACAUCCAAAUUGCUGGUUCUCCUCUAAGCGUAUCUCCUCGGACUGCUCCGUCCCCCCAUACUCACUUGCCUCUACACUUACACUGUCACCACACGCUCCCCAUCAGUGGCCACUCGCCAGUCUUAGUUCAGUACACAGAUGGACCUAUACCCAAAAGGGAGGAGACAAGGCCCAGGGAGGUGCUGAACGGAGAGCUAGAGAAGGACAGACGCUUUGGUCCAUCUCCCGAAUCUAGUGCAGGGAAGCAGGGCAGCACUGCCAAAGGGGGUUCCUCUACUCAACAGCACCAGAUCCACCAGCAGCAGAGCCCACGUCACUAUGAGGCUCGGCAUGUGGUGCUCCCUGCCGAAUAUGCGCAGGAAAGCGCAACCAUGCGGACCUCGUUGGUGCUGGUACCCAACAGUCAUAGCUCCGGUGGUACACCUGACAAGCUGCCACCCCUAACAUCCCACUCUGAGAAAGGAGGGAUUUGCGCAGGCAAACCUGUGUCCCGUAGUUCCUCCUCCUCAGCCUCCCUCCCAUUUCCUCCUCCCCCUCCACCUGUGAACUGUUUGAAGGGGGUGGCUACCACACUGUCUCCUCAUGCAGUCAUCCAGACCACACAAAACACCACAGAGUCACUCUCCCUGGGCCUCCCCUCCACCAAUUUCUACUCUGCCCAGCAGCCCAUCAUUGGUUACAUUGCCGGCACAGGGCACCAGCAACAUCUCAGCUAUCACACCAGCCUACCCCAGCACCUGGUCAUCCCUGGAACUCAACCGGUCAUCAUCCCAGUGAGUGGAGCUGAAGCUACUGCUACCCCUUCACUGCCCCCUUACUUCACCAAGGGCUCCAUCAUCCAGUUGGCAGAUGGGGAAUUGAAGCGGGUGGAGGACCUGAAGACAGAGGAUUUCAUUCAGAGUGCUGAGAUCAGCAAUGAGCUGAAGAUUGACUCCAGCACUGUAGAGCGCAUCGACAGCAGUCAUACACCUAACUUUGCUAUUAUACAGUUUGCUGUAGGAGAGCAUCACUCACAG